GAUUUCCCCAAAAUUAAAAACAAUAGUACACAACUAGGAACAUGGCAACAAUUGGAUGGUACGGACCAUUAAUCGAUCUAUCAGAAGCAGCUUCUCACACUGGCCAUUUUGUUCAAGUUGUUGUUUUUGUUCAUAAGACCAUUCCUGUUCAGUAUAAAAGCAGUUCAACAGGUGGAAAAGUAAUAAGGACAGACAUUCAAGUAGGAGAUGAUACCCGUAGAUAUUUUGCUGUUUCCAUAUGGCAAAAACACAUGGAAUCCUUGUUAAAGGCCGGCAGUAUUGUUUUAUUACAUAAUGUAAAAGUGACACGAUAUGGAGAUGUUGUUGAGGCGAGAACAGUUCAGCAGUCAUCCUUACAAUGCUUGGUCGACACUUAUGAAUCAAUACCUUCUGAAGGUGUAGACAACUUGAUAAAGGCUUGUCAUAUUGGAAUUGCAACAAAGGAAAAGCUUAAGAAAGUUAUCACAUGGGUGCUGCGUGUGGAACCUAUUCUUGAUAAGCAUGCAUUUCACACCUCCAAGAGGAAUCCUAAAACUGCAAACUGGAAAUUCCCCGAACAGACUCAAAAGAAGGAGCAUCUAUCUCUACUGGAAGUAUCUAAUAUAAAGGAUGCAUGCACAGUAUCUUUGUUUGCCUCUGUUGGUGAAAUGUUUCUUCCGGUUACUAAUAUGUAUCUUUCCGAGUUUACAGAUGAAAGAAUGUUUAUCAGAAGCAGAAUAUUCACAUCUGAUUAUCGAAACUUAGUUGAAGAUCUCAUCUGUACUGGUUGUCAGUUAUGCGGUGCUCCGUUAAAUUCUGAAUUUGGAUCGAGAAUAGAGCAAGAAGCUGUUCCACUUUAUUGUGGAAAAAGCUCUAAUCGUCUCCACGUUGUAAGCUUAAUAUACAGACCUUUUGUGCUGUAUGUAUGGGAUGAGUGCAUAUAUAUUCCAGUAGUUGUCAAAAACAAGGCUGCAGAAAUCUUGCUUGGAAACAUUAAAGCAGAGAGUGUUCACUCUAGCUACAAAAAGCAAUCAUGUGGUCAAUCGGCCAACACAAAGGCAAAUGAAGCCAUGGAAGACCAACGUCUGGCAGCUCUAAACUUUUACUCACUCUGGUUAGUACUAUUGAAAACUUUGUUGUGUACAGGUAAGAAUAGCCCUUUGAAUUUCAAAGUCCGAGUGGAUAUGAGCAGAAAUUGGGAAAAUGGGAGGUUUGAGAUGUUGUGUGUAUCACUUCCUUCUAAUUUGCAGAUUUCUAAUUAACUUCGUAUUCAAUUUCAGUUACAUAAUUACAUUGCAGUUUAUGCUAUCCUCCAGGUUGUAUCUGUGUUUAAAUGUUGAUAUUGAAUCUGGACCAUUGAUGGGCUA